GUGCGUCAUUCUUACCGGUUUUUACAUGACUUCACUACAUGUCUGUUUACAAAUUGUUAUUUAGUUAAAAAUGACCGAUUUUUUCAAUUUUAUAAACAUUUAAUUACUCCAUACAGUUCAGAAUUGAAAAAAAUAAUAAAAGUAUACAAUAAAUAUCAGCACGAAUUUUAGUGACCAUAACCUCAAACUAUGGCUGACAUCAUCAGCUGUUGCCAACAAAACUGACGUUUAGAAUAUUAUCUAAAUUAUCCUCCCGAGUAUAAUUUUUUUGCAACGGUAAAUAAAAAGUGACUCAAUAGUUUUAUUAAAUAUCUAAAAGUUAUAUAUUACAUUUUUUUAAUGUAACAAACAAAAAUGAAAAAGGAGAACUAGGCGUUGUAGCCACUGUCAAGUUUUCUCUAAUCAAGUGAAAUUUGAGUGUCAGUUUUUUUUUUUUGGUUUUUUUUUUUUUUAAAUAAUAGAAUAUAAAACAAUGGAACACGUGUUAAUAAAAGAUAUUCGUCCGGGUCAAAAGAAUAUCAAUGUCGUAUUUAUUGUUCUCGAAGUUGGACAUCCUACAAUUACCAAAGAUAACCGCGAAGUUCGAACUUUUAAAGUUGCUGACAAUACAGCGUGUAUGAAUGUCUCCAUUUGGGACGAACCAGGAACAUUAUUGGUACCUGGUGAUAUUGUGAGAUUAACAAAAGGUUAUGCAUCAGUUUGGAGACAAUGUUUAACUUUAUAUUCAGGAAAAAAUGGUGAUAUACAAAAAAUUGGAGAAUUUUGUAUGGUUAUCAAUGAACAACUAAAUAUGAGUGAACCAAAUCCUGCACUUGCACAACAAAUAGUUAAUCAAAGUGGUUCCGGUCCACCAGGAAGUAAUGCCAACAGUAAUAUAACAAAUAAUGGAAAUGCAAAUAAUGUUUCGGGAAAUAGUGGAAGAGCACCUUUGGCAAUACAGAGCAAUGCAACAACUCCGGCAAGUGGAACAUCAAGUAGUUCGACAUCGAGUAAAAGUGAAACAGGAACAAAAUCAUCAACAACAAAAAAUAGUACUCGCGGUCGUGGAAGCUACAGAAAUGGCAGUCGAACUGAUAGAAGAUAACACACGAGUGAGACGUUAAUUAAUUUGUAAAGAAAAACAAAAAAAAAAGUAAUUAAAAAAUGUUACCGAUUGCAAAAAAAAAAAAGAAAAUACCGAAAAUGUUUAUCAUUUCAAGUUUCAUUUUUAUUACUCUUUGCAACAUUUUUCGAAAAAAAUUGUCUUUUUUAAAAAUAUAUUUUAAAGAUUAUAAUUUCUUUUUUUAUUUAUUCAGCAACUUCCACUAAAUAAUAGGAAAUAAUUUGUAACAUAAGAGUUUGAUAUAAGAUAUUAUAUUGAUAAUAGGAGAGUAGUUGAUUCUCAGUGUUCAGAACGACUGAAAUUUUUUUACACAUAGUUAAUAAAAUUUUUUUUUUUUCUAGUUUUUUCAAUAAGAUCAUUUUUUUUUUCUAGUGGAAGAUUUAAUUUGUAAUUGAUUUAUAAUUUAUUUUUAAAUAUUUAAAAUUUAGGUAGUCUAUUAAGAAAUACACACGAGAUAAUUCUGUAUAAUUAAUUAUACUUUGAAUAAAAAAUGAAAGUCUGGUAUA